AUGACCGCCGCAACCUCGACAAUAGUAGGAGCAUUAGCAUGCCAAAAGAACUCAUUUCUCAAAACCCUCAACACAAAAGUCGUUUCCAGCUAUGAGUUCAUCCCGCCAUCCACAUCCAAAGAGAAACAAAAUAAAAACAACAAGAACAAUACACCAAAAGAAUUGAAAUUCGGAGUUGAGUUUGAAGAUACAGUUUUGUUCCCUGAGGGAGGUGGUCAGCCUUUUGAUAAAGGCACAGUCACCAUACUUAACGACGAAGGUGCCUCUUCUUUGUCAUCAUCAUCAUCAUCAUCUUCUUCUUCUUCUUCUCCCUCCUCAUCUGAAAACAAGACUAUUGAGGUCAACGCCAUACUUCGUGAUAAAUUGAAAGCGGUACAUAUACUUGAUGAGCCGCUAGAGCCGGGAACUCCAGUCAAGCUUGAGGUAGACUGGACCCGCCGGGUAGACAUAAUGCAACAACAUACGGGACAACACUUACUUUCAGCCGUAUUUGAUACUUUGAAACUCGACACUUUAUCGUGGUCAAUGGGCAAUGUGAUCAAUUACAUUGAGUUGCCGGAGAAAGUAUCUGAUGAAGUUGUCCAACAAGUUCAACAACGAGUCAAUCAGCUCAUUUUUGAAGCACACCCCGUCCAUGUAGUGACUCGAGAUGAUCACGGAGUUGAAAUUGACACAAGCCAUUUGCCUGAUGAUUAUGACCAGAGUAAAGGUGUCGUGCGUAUUGUGAAAAUUGGCGAUGAUAUUGACUCUAAUCCAUGUUGUGGUACUCAUUUGACAAACACUGCACAAAUUGGAUCUAUUGUAUUAUUGAACCAAACGUCGAUCCGUGGUGGCCAUUCUCGUUUAUACUUUACUUGCGGUGCACGAGUAGCUCAAAUCGCUAGUGAAUACUUUGACAUAUUGAAAACAGUUUCGGGUACUCAAUUGUCGUGUCAGAUCGAUGACGUUGUCACGAAAGUUGAUCAAUUGAGUACAAAUUACAGAAAAGCCAAUUCAACCAUUGCAAACUUGACUAAAGAAUUGGCCAAUUUGAAAGCUACUGAGAUUUUCAACAAGUUGAAAAACACCGAAGAUGGCGUGGCGUAUGUGUAUCGAGAAGAAAAUAACCCGGACUACUUGACUACAGUACAGAAGGAACUUACAACUAUGAUCAAUGCCAAUAAGGAUAGUGGUGUAGACAUCACUAACAAACACACUAUUGUAUUGAUCAAUGGUAAUCAGACAUCCAACGGUGGUAUGGUUAAGAUAUUGGGACCUAAAGCAAAUGACAUAGCCACUGAGUUGAAGCAAAAGAUUUCAAAUUUGAAAGGCGGCGGUAAGGGAACAUUCCAAGGUAAAAUCACCACCUACUUGAAAGGUGAAAUCGAAUCCGUCAUAUCCUACUUAGACACAUUAUAG